GUUGUCGAUCAAUGCGCGCGCAACAUUAGACAAGGAUAAAGAUGGCUCUCUCAUUUUCUCUCUCUUUCUAUCAGCUCACAGUUCCCAUCAAAGGCGCCGCCAGGUCUCUCCUACUCUAUGUAUAUAAACUCUUUGGUUGCAGCGGGACCACAGUAUGGCGGGACUUCUUUAGUUCUUUCUUGAUGAGUUUUAGAACGCAACCGGAGGAAAGAAAGAAAAAGUAGGUCACUUGAGCCAUGGGAAAGGUUUAUUCGUUGUUGACACGACCCCUUCGCACGUUCAAUAUCGAAAAUCGUGCGGAGAGAAUUAUCUCCCGAGACAAGCCAAUACCUGCGCCUCAAUACCCGGCCACGGAAAAGCAAAAGAAGCUUUCAGAACAAAUAAAUCCACACUUCUUGGAAGACCACUACCAGAAAAACGUACAACUUGAUCAACGACUGAAGGAUGUCUUCGUUACGUCGACAGACUCGCAGGUGAAACAAGAGCUUACAAAGGAAUCUAAGCUUUUACCUCAGAGCAGACAUAGGUGGGACAAUGAUUCUAGACUUGAGUCUUAUGAAUCUACAAUGAUCCCCAUGGGAAAGUGCUCAUUGAAACAGGCUCUUGCAUUUCUUUUGCAACAUAAACGCGAUCCUACAUAUAAUAGUGAGACUAUAGCAUCUGAAUACAAACUAGAUAAGAGAGUAGUAGAUGAUAUAUUGAAGUAUUUUAAACUUUAUGUAACUGUCUCGCCGGACAAUCCAACACCAACAGAAGAAGAUCCAAUUCAGGACGCACUCGAGCAAGCAAUUGAGUUAAAAAAGAAGGAUAAAGAAAAAGAGUAGCACAAAUAUGUAUGUAUAUAGAAAAAUAAUUUAUUAAAGUUUAUUUCUAUGUUUCUCUCUUGUCUAAUUACAUAAUACUCUACAUCAACCUUUGGAAAUGAUGUAUCUUAAGAUAAAAAAAGUUUCGCUGCAAUGCGUUUUAAAACUUGGCAAGAUCGACACGUUUUUUUAAUUCAAUCAGCUUAGUCUUGUGAAAUCUGCAAUAAAAAUCGAUUCAUUGUUACAUUAGUUGCAAUGAAUAAAUUGUAACAAGA